AUGCCCGUGCUCUGGCAGCGACCCCGCUGGUCGCCGGCGGCGCGCCGCUGGCUGCCGCCGUCGCGUCCUGCUGACGCCGCGCUCUCGUGCCCUGCUGGCUGCCGUCGCCGCGCGCCGUCACUUAGCUGCCAUCACCGCGCUCGCGUGCCCACUGCACGCGCAGCCGCCGUGCCAUGCUGGCACCUCGCUGCUCCGAGGGCCGCCGUCCCCGCACAGGCCUGCUGGCCACGCCGCCCGUCGCCAUGGUCGCGCCCUACUGGCGCGCGCUCGUCGCCGUGUCCCGAUGGCCGCCGCCCGCGCGUCCUGCUGAAGCCGCGCCGCGUGCAGUGGCCGCCGCCGCCGACGCGAGCCGUGGCCGCAGCCGGAACCACCGCCGCGGGCCGUAGCCGUAGCCGCCGCGAGCGGUGGCCGCCGCCGUCGCGAGCGCGCGUGCUGGCCAGCCCGGCCGUGCCCUGCGGGCGUGCGUGGCCGCCGCCGCCGCGAGUACGCGCGCUGGCCAGCUCUGGUCGCGCCGUGCGUGCGUGCGUGCCGCCGCUGCCGCUUGGGCGCUAG